AUGGAUAUAGAACAGCCGGCCAAGAGGCUCCGAGUUGAUCCACACAACUGUCUCGAUAGCUGUGGAUUGCUGGGGGUAGAGACUGAAGAAAGUGUGAAAUGCACAUUACCCGGUGAUGUAAAUGUAGCCAGUGAUUACCUGGCCAAUGGAAACAUGUCUGUACUAAACGUUACCGCCAUCACUGCAUCAUGUACAUCUUCAACUGAACAAAAAAAUAGUGAAUCUCAAGUAUCAAACCAUAAUGACACAGAACAUUAUCACAUGAUAACUGAUGAAAGAAAGACAAAAGAUUGCAUAAUAACACAAGCAAAUGUUUUUAAGGACAAUGGAACAGAUUUUGGUUCCAGCUCUGUAGUGGAUGGUAGGGUCAGUUCUUCUUACAUUACAGAACAGAAGACUGUACAUCAAGGUGACAAUGUUACUGCUGAACCUGUAACAGUGGAACAUCAUGAUAUAUGCAAGAGUGUUUAUGACCUAGAAGAAGAGGAAGAUUCAAGCGUACAAAUUCCCUCAUUACAAAGUCUACGGAUGUCCAAACAGGACAACAAAGAAAACAUUACUAUAGACACUAAAGAGUUUUCAUCUGCACCUCUGAAUUCAGAGAAACUGAAAGUAGAUGAUAUUGGUGAUAAAUCUUCAAAUAUUUUAGAAAAGGGAGAAGUGGAACAGACUGAUGUAUGUGGAUCUUCUGAGUCCAUAAAUGUUGAUUUAUCUAAACAUGCAAGCAAGAAAACAGCCAAACUCCAACGGAGGGUGUCCUACAUCUACAGUAAAGAGCUGAUUCAACAGUGUAACCUCAUGCAAAAAAUUCCAAAUCGUGCAAUCAUGGUACACAGUCUGAUUGAAGCUUAUGGCAUACUCAAGUAUAUGAGAGUUAUUGCCCCUUCCAUAGCUACAGAAGAAUCACUGUGCCUGUUUCAUUCCCCAGAGUAUAUAGAAUUUUUGAAGAAAAUCAGUGAUGAAGAUGAUGAAGAAAUCUAUGGUGCUGAAGCAGCAGAAUUUGGCCUGACCUAUGACUGCCCUGUCCACAAGGGGGUGUUUGACUAUGCCCUGUCUGUAGGGGGAGCCACUGUCUCUGCAGCUGAGGAACUAGUCCAAGGGCGAUGUGACAUUGCCAUCAAUUGGUGUGGAGGAUGGCAUCAUGCCCAAAAGGACAGUGCAUCAGGAUUCUGUUAUGUUAACGACAUCGUUCUCGGAAUACUGAAGCUUCGAGAGAAAUUCUCCAGGGUCCUGUAUGUAGAUUUGGACUUGCACCAUGGAGAUGGUGUACAGAAUGCUUUUUAUGCUACAUCAGCUGUAAUGACAGUCUCCAUUCACAAAUAUGCUUCCGGAUUCUUCCCAGGUUCAGGACAGCUAGAAGAAAUAGGAGUAGGCAAAGGCAAGAAAUAUUGUAUCAAUAUCCCACUACAUGAUGGUGCUAGGGACCAGGAGUUUGUAGCCUUGUUUUGCAGAGUGAUACAGAAGGUACGCUCCAUGUUCAAACCUGAGGCUGUUGUUUGUCAGUGUGGGGCAGAUGGUUUGGCUGGUGAUCCUAUGGACUCUUUCAAUCUAACCCCACGGUCUUUAGGUCGCUGUGUCUACUUUAUAUUGGACUGGUCACUCCCCACGCUUCUGCUGGGAGGAGGUGGCUACCAUCACACAAACACAGCAAGGUGCUGGACCUUUCUCACUGGAGUAGCUGUUGGUAAAAAGUUACCUACAGACAUACCUGAUCACCAGUUUUUUGUGGAGUAUGGACCAGACUAUGGAAUUGAGGUUUCACCUGGAAACAGGAAGGACCAGAACUCUCAGGAAUAUUUGAGGAAAGUUCAUCGCUCCAUCAUGGAUAUUUUAUCACAAUGAGGCAGUGAGACAGUGGUAUGAGGAAAGGAACAGCAUUAGAUGAUGAAAUCUUAGGAACAUGUUUUUAUUGUGAACACUGGAAUGUAAUAAACUUUUGAGUUCUGUUACACAGGCUAAAAUUACAACCAAGUGAAAUAUGGAGAACAAAUACAGUCUUCCCUUGUCACUGAUUGUGGACCUAAGAGUACGGAUAUACAGUAUUGAAGAAUCUGUACAAAGAUUCCUGUUAUUAAACUACUGUUGAUAAAUAUUGUAUACAUCAAAUCAACAAUUAUGUGUAUCUUCUACUGGUUGUGUUAGAACCUCUAUUCUGUUGACAUUACCAACCUGAUGAAAA